AUGGCAACUAGAGGCUUGCGUAAGCUACCAGGCCGCGUGGUCCGAUCGCUGCCAAAGCCUGUUUUGACAGCUUUUAGACUAGCUCUUUGCGAGUCGAAGCACAGAGCACCAUUUCUCUUGUUCUGUAUAGUGAUGAUGCUUCACCAGCAAGGCCAAGAAGACGACAACCUGUCAAUUCUACCGACGAGCACUUUUAUGAAUCAACUGUCAAGUGAGAACGAGCUAGUCGAUCAAGCAGAUCAAGCAGACUUGCUUGAGAUGGUGGAGAAAUUUGAUCAAUGGGCUCGUAUUAAUGGGCAUGCAAGUCAUGAGGAACAUUCCGAAAAGCAAGAGAAUGGAAAUUCAAAAGAUGAAGGAUCCAGGAUCGAAGAAACCGCGUUGGAUCCGAACGAGUUUAUGCAGUCUGGUCCACUCAUCCCCAUCAUAUGCAACCUGUUAAGAAAGCUGUAUCCUGCCCGGGCCGAGCCUCUUUCUCAGCGUAUUACAUCAGAGGACUGCAAAUUCCUCACACAGGAGCUACGCAAUUUUCAAGUACAAGCGUCGCAUUCCUAUCGCCGGCGAUAUCGCAUUACCGAACUCACCUCCCAAACCUCAAACUCAAUUGUGCUCGAUGUGGACGGUAAAGCCAUGACGGUUCGCGAAUAUUUUUUGGAGAGGUAUGGAGUGACAUUGGAGUACCCGGAUUUUCCAUGUGUUGCGAUAAAGAAACCCAAUGGAUGGAGUUACUUGCCCUGUGAGCUCUGUGAGAUUGUUGAAGGGCAGAGGAUUUCUACAAAAUUUUGGGAGAUAAAGGAACCGACCUUGACUCCAGCAUCGUCCGAAACACAAGAAAAUACCAAACGCAAAAAACAAGAAAACAAUGUCCAACCUCAACGCAAGUCCACACUCUUUCCCUCCCAUCCUCGCGAACACAGCUUAUACCGUCGCACCUCCACCUUUGGUGUCGCCCCUUCAACAUGGGUAACACGUAUGGCUCUAUCCCUCUGUCUGCGCUGCGGACAUCCUUCCCACAAACUCAGACAAUGCGCUCUGUAUCCGAUCAUUGGUGAAGAAUUGUCUUGGAAGGAUGUACCAGACUAUGUCGAGAUGGGCGUUUCUAUCCCGACUGUAAAAGAGAAAUGGGGAAUUGAGGAAAGUGAGUGGUUUAAAAGGCUGGAACAUGGUGCUUGUGCGAUAUGUGAAGGCAAGCAUCGCGUGCGAGAUUGUGAGGUGCUUCGAAAUGUGGAUGGGAAGGUUCCUGCGAGUACAAGCGAAGACAAUGCGGAAAUCAUGGAGGACACUACGAAGAAGAACCAGGGUGCUGCAGAGGAGAGUGAGCAGAGUGUUCAGACUCACCUUGAUGAGAGUAAAGCCACGGAAUCCGGCAAUACCUCUGUCGAGUCACCAAACAGCAAAGAGACAGCUGACAGUGAGCAGAGCGUUCAGACUCUCCUUGAUGAAAGGACAGAACCCACCAAAAUUCCCGUGGAGUCAACAAAAAACAGGGAGACAGAGGACCACGCAGCAACUGAUGUACCAGAUCAAUCCCUUGAUACGUCUCUGGAAAAUACUCUUCCGACAGAAAUGCCAUCUACACUCGCCAACACAGAUCAACCCCCCAACCUCACAUGCCAAGUCGACGUAGAGGGCUACACUAACAUCCUCCCAACAGGCAAACUCAAGAAAAAAAUUCUCAAACCCGGUUCUGGGCCCGCCGUUGAACCGCAGUCUUUUGUUAAAGUCCAUUACGAGGGAUGGGUAGACGGACCCGGAGGUAUGAUGUUUGAUUCGAGUUGGGAUCGGGGCUCCACGUUUGAUUUUACGGUUGGAGAAGGAGAUGUGAUUCCUGGCUGGGAUAUGGCAGUGCAGACAAUGAAAAUGGGGGAAGAAGCAGAGUUCAUUGUUGAUUCUGAACUUGCGUAUGGAGAGAAAGGGUAUGACUCGGUGAUUCCGCCACAUGCUGCCCUGAGGUUUACUAUCCGGGUAAUGCAUGUAGACCCGCCUCAAUCCACCUUACCAGCUAGAAUCUCCGAAGCCAUUGCCCUAAAAAACGCUGGCAACGUAUCCUUCCAGUCCCAAGAUUACCCAACUGCCGUCAAGUCCUAUCGCAGCGCGCUUCAGCUUCUCAAACACACUUGGAAUGCCCCUCCUGCGCAAGAACUCGAACUACAGUUCAUUCGUACAGCCCUGUUUUCUAACUUGGCUGCUGGAUUACUCCACAUGGGACAGCACACCGAUGCGAUCCGUGUGUGCCGUGAGGGGUUGUGGAGUGAGCCAGAGAGUGUAAAGUUGUUGAUAAGCUUGGCGAGAGGGUUAAAGAGCUCGGGAGAGUUUGCCGAAGCUUUGCAGAUUUUGGAAAAGGCUGAACUGUUUGAUCCCAACAACCCGUACAUCGCAAGUGAACGAAUCCAGAUUCAAGUCAUCCAGCGUCGACUCGCCAAACAAGAAAAAGAAAUGUAUACCAGAAUGAUGAGUGCGUUGUCGUCAUAAGCCAGCCUUGAACAGCUAUUGUGUGUCCUUUUUUUGCAAUGUGGCUCCUAUUCGUUUUAUUCGGCGUAUUUUGAGCAUCAGUGCGAUUAUGGGAAUUAUUUCUUUGUAUAGUGUGAGCAAAGCCUAGCAUCUGAUGUCCAUAGUUUUUCUUUUUUGUGUGGUUAUUGCUGGUUUGGGUUAUAUGAGUAUAUUCCUGC